AAUCGUUACUGUUAAAAAUAUGUAACUUUCUGAAAAUAUAUCGUUACUGUUACAGUAGAAGGCUAUUUCUUUAACAGUCGGCUCUUUAUUAAGUGACUUACAUUUAUUAUUAUGAAAAUUGGAGGAAGUAAUCGUUUGGGUAAUCGAUACCUCGAUACUUUAACCAAAAAGUAAUCGGUAUCGUAUCGAAACCGAUACUGGUGGUAUCGCCCAUCACUAAGAGAUUCAUAAAUCUACUAUUUUGUACUGCAUUAACUGAGUAUCAGGCUUCCACUCUUAUCCCUUCUUAUCCCUUUCCCCCCCCCAAAGAGGCCUGGUGGUCAGGUUAGUACUGCGGUAAUCGUUCCAUGUUUCGCGCACCAAUACAGUAAACGUUAUGUAAUGGAUAUUAUAGUGUACUGAAAAGUUAACUGGAUACCUCCAUACAUGUAUAUACAUACCCUAACCCUAACCUUAAACCUAACCCUAACCCUAACUUAUAUUGGUGCGCGAAACAUGGAACGAUAACCAGUACUGCCAUUGCUGUAUAAAUGGUCUGAAAGAUGGAUGCAAAUUCUGAUUUGUGUAGGAAUUUAAAAAGGCACAAAUAAGUGAUACUAAAGUUAAAACAAAAGGUAAUUAUUCAGUUUUGAAUGCACAACAUUCAAUGUUUAAUAGUAAAUUAUUGAAUUAGUUGGAAAUUGUUUCUCACAGCUGAAGCUCCAUAAUUUUUGCUCCAAAAAAAAGGGGGAAACACAAAACACUUUUUUUAAAUCUUCAGAUAAUCAAACUGCUGGUUGCAAGAUUGAGACUUCAAAAUUCACAUCGACUGAAGAAUUUCUAACUUCUGUUGGAGAGAUGUAUCAUAUAUUGACUAACGAAGAGGUAAUUGCACGAUCAAGAUUACUAUCGCUAGCAUUUAUAGACACAUCUUAUUGAGUAAACGCUUCUCUAAAUUACUUCGUAACUAAAACGAGGAAGCCAACACCAAGAAAAGAAAAGAAAUGAAGAAUGGCUACAGGCUAUCCGCAUUCCGACCAAGCUUCGUCGCGUCUAUGUACUGUAUAGGUAUCGCAUAUUGUGUGAACGAAUGGCGGCGAUAUACGAUUCUUCGGUCCCAAUAUAGAAAAUUUGAAAUUCGGUUUGCCGAUAAAUCGUCCCCAGCCUAAAGCCAGACAGUUCACUGAAAAUUUGUCAUCUUCUUGAAUUCCAGAGAAUAAAGGCAUUUGCUAGGUCUGAUGUUAAAGUUGAUGCUUUUAAAGGCGGGAGUUUUGUCCUGUUUGGCGGGACUGUCAAUGGGAAGUUUCUUGAACUGGUAGGUAUAGACUUAGUGAAGAUGGUAAUGAGGAAUGACGUCGUUGUAAUACAUCCUUCCGGAACUGAAGUACACUUUGGCUAAAGCCUGGUUCACACUAGCAAUUCAGUCGGCGACUUUUCUCCUCCUGGCAGAUGUGAUCGAAUGAAUGACUUGCAAAAGACUUAGAAUUAUUUACUUCUGAAAAGCGACUCUAUAUUUUUAUGUGUGAGUUCACUUACUUGCAUCCGUUAGACACACAAAAUUGCUAGUGUGAACCAGGCUUAAAGAGCCUCGUUUUUGUCAUUGAUACGUUCGGCCUUAAGUCCCUUAACUAAUUUUCUAUAACCAAAAUGACAUACUUUCCGAAAAGGUAUUUUGGGUACGAUAUUGGGUGUUUUAUUAGAUUUAUACGUCGGAUGUUCGACUUCGUCCCAGUCUAAGGUGAACAGGAGUCGCAUGAGAGUUGAUGAGAGUUGCGUGUGGCAAAAACUCUCAUCAAAAUUUAAAUCAAAGUUGAUAACAGUGCACGAGAGUUGAUGAGAGUUGGCGCUCAAACGCGAGCAAGGGUUGCAACUCUCGUCAACUCUCAUCCUUGUUUGACUGGCGCUUCACCUUUCUUUUUCAGCUGCCUGAUAAAAAGAUAACAAUGCUAUGGCGGUUUAAUAGUUGGCCAGCAGGUAAGAGCAGAUUCUUCAUCUUUAAGGACUAGAGACACCAAACGUGAUACGAGAGCCCGGCACAUUUUCCCUAUUUUCACUCAUAGAUAACUUUGAUUCAUGCUUAAGCAUUCAAGCGGUAAUGUGCCGCACUUUGUUAUUUUGCUUUCUGAGUUGGCUAAUCCCAACCUAUCAGUAUUCCCUGUGGGAGAGAAUCAGAGUAUCUGGAGAAUACCCACGACUUUCAGUAGAGCGCGGAAUGACUCUUUAUAUAUAAGUACAGAGUACUAACCAUACAGAGGUCUCACUUCGCGAGAAAAACAUAAGGUACGUUUUACUGCGCAUAUCAUUCACAUCCCCCCCCCCCCUGGAACAUUAAUUACAUUUCAAUAUGUUCUCAGGGGGUGACAGCCUCUCUUUAGGGCACUUGCUAAGAACAUGGCAGCCUGGAAAAAUCCCUUACGCUGAAAUUAAUAAGUGAGACAUCUGUAUGAUAUUUACAGCGCCCUGGUAUAUUUACUCUGUGCCGCCAUCUCAGAGCUCUGAUGGUUGCGUCACCAAUGCACUGACCGCUCUGAUAUAACUGUAUGCACAUUACUCGCUUCGCGUGUUCCUACACUGACUGCUUUGAUAUAACUGCAUAGAGGCUAUGUUUGUAUUGAUAUAUCACAUAGGACAUAGUCUAUGGAUUGUAGUAUAAUAUAAUUUAUAUAGUUUUUUAUGUGUUUUCACUCUUCACACUACCCCCUCGAAAUCAGCCUAUCCUGAAGGAUCAGCCUGGGUAAAUAUAUUUUCAAUAAAUACAGUAUUAUCUAUUAUUUUAUAGCACACAAUUCAACAGUAACGAUAGAGUUGAACCAGAAGGAUGACAGAACGGAGUUGAAAUUUUCACAAACAGGAAUCCCUACUUCAGACUUCGAGAGAACGAAGCAAGGAUGGAAGCAGUACUAUUGGUCGAGUAUAAAACAGACGUUUGGAAUUGGAAUGAAGUACUUUUGAACGAGAAGAUUAAAAAAUGCUUUUUGCUUUUUUGCUUUGCGCAUUAUAAAGCGCAGAUCAAACGAGAAUGAGAGUUGGCGGUCACGAAUUGUUACGGAGACAUUUCAAGGUGUAGAUUAAUAAAAUAAGGUUUGAGGAGUGUUCCAACUAUGUUUUGACUUAAUUCAAUAGAAUACAUGAUAGUGUUGAGAGAGACUGGCAGUCCAAAGAUCUGCAGACUGGCAGUCCAAAAAUCGUGUUUAAAUAAAUUUUGCGAUCAGAGAACGUUUAAAAACUGGCGGCCAUUUUGAAAACCUGUCUUCAGUCCAUCCCCUUUAGCCACGACCGUUAUCUCGUAGUUACUGUAAUAUAAAUAUAAUAUUCUAUUAACUAUGGUCCCCAGUCGUCUCUGUCUGCAGUCUUCGACAGGUAAAGUGAUAUUAAAUAUAAAACUAUUCUACGGAUAUAGCUACUAGGUCUAGGACAGUGGUUUACAGUCACAAUUACAAUGACAUGCUAUCAUAGCUAUAUCCGUAGAAUAGUUUUAUAUUUAGCAUCACUUUACCUGUCGAAGACUGCAGACUGGCAGUCGAAAGCUUUUGUUUAAAUACAGUAAAUUUUACGAUCAGAGAACGUUUCAGAAACCUCUCGUCCGUCCCUUUUAGACACUAGACAGAUUUAGAUCGAGGACGCGGACGUCAAAGACGACGUGAAAAUGGCGUCAAAAUGGCGUGGCAUGUCCAUACAUGGGCACGACACGCCAUUUUCACGUCGUCUUUGACGUCCGCGUCCUCGAUCUAAAUCUAUCUACUACCACGAGCUAAGCAAAGGUCGCGUGCGCCAUCUCUCGUUUGAUGCGGGCUUCAGGUCCAAUGGGCCUGAGCAACUUUCAAGAACAGGCAUCGGAAAACGUUCAUGUCCAAUUGCUUUGUGCUUUAGAAUCAAUCUCGAUAAUAUGAAGUAACAUAUAUCUCAACAUGUGAACUGGGUGUAGCCAAAUAUAGUCUGCGAACCCCAGAUAUCAUUAUUUACUUUCCAAGCGAAGAAUGAGCGUCUGGAAUGACGUCUGGGGUUGCAGACUAAAGGCUAAUUUCCACUCAUGCAGGAAAAUUAUCCGUGGAUUGGAACGGACAAGAAAAAUUUUCUUUGUGUUAAAGUCAUUGGUUCCAACCCAGAGCUCACAAGACAAAGAAAAUUUUUCUUGUCUGUUCCAAUCCACGGAUAAUUUUCCUGAGUGGAAAUUAGCCUUCAGCCAAAUAUAGUCAAACGCUUGUUAGGCCAACACCUUUGGCAACUUGGAAAUGUGUCCUAUGUGAAAGAGGUAUUGGAAUAAUAGUAAGAGAUAUUUGUCCGCUAAUAGAAGUUAAAAUUGUUUACUUGAGUGUCAGGACAUAUUUUGCCUUAAAUGCGGGUGGAUGGAAGAGAAAACAGAAAGACAUUCUGAAGUGAAAGUUAGACGGAAAAGUUGAGACGGAAAACCCGUCAUCAACCGACCUUAUAUCUGGA